CCCGAACCCCCUGUUAAUUUCGCGAGACUGCUAUACUGGCGAUGCGUUGAUGGAUUAACAACUCAGGAGCCGUUGCCAAGGAAGGAGCUCGCCACAGAACUUACAAAAAUAGCGGAAAGUACCCGGUAUCCGCCAUGGGUUGGUUCUGUGUGGGACUGCUGGUGGUCUUUGUCACUGUGACCCUCACUGAUGCUGAAUGUCACUGUAACACUGCAAGCGCCUGUGACGUGUUCCCCUCCACUCCCUGUAGCCAGGUCGGCAGUCCAGACAGGUGCCAGGAAGGAUGGUUCGGUUCGUACUGCCAGAAACAAAAUAUUGCGUUGAGGAGAACAUGCAUCCAGAGCAGUACAUAUUUCGGUCGACCAUAUAGAUACGGAGCAGGACUUGCUGUAGAUGGUAGAGCCACCAUAAAUGCCAGCAGCACGCCACAAACAUGUGCCCAUACACGUAAUGAGACAGAUCCCACCUGGACUGUGAACUUGAACACUCCAGUUCCAGAAAAGAUACAACACAUCAGACUGUAUAUACGUGAGAUCCUUCAAAACAGAAGCAACGGCAUGGAGAUACUUGUUGGCAGCCAGAUGUGCUACAACUGGUCGUCCACUGAACAUCCUCCUCCUAUAGCUAACGUCACCUGCCGCCAGCCACUGACAGGAACUACGGUCACUGUACGGAUACCUGGUUCUCUAAAAUAUCUUACUUUGUGUGAAGUGCAAAUAUUUGUUUGCAGUGAUGGGUGGUUUUCUGAAGAUUGUGACAAACAGUGCCGGUGCCUUAGCAGUACUGAUGUAUGUGACAAAAUCACUGGUCACUGUUCCAGUGGAUGUUUCCCAGGAUACAAUGGUACCGACUGCCCAAAAGCCUGUCCAGAUGGUUCCUAUGGUAGCAACUGCUCAUCACAGUGUGGAAACUGUCUAGAUGAUGACAUCUGUGACAAGACAAACGGAGCGUGUCCUAGAGGAUGUGCAGCAGGAUGGAUCAAUGACACCUCAUGUCUACAAGCAUGUCCAAAUGGCACCUAUGGUAUCAACUGCUCAUCACAGUGUGGGAACUGUCUCGAUGGUGACGUCUGUAAUAGGACCACGGGAACCUGUCCUAGAGGAUGCGCAGCAGGAUGGAUGAACGGCACAUGUCUACAAGCCUGUCCAGAUGGUUCCUAUGAUGUCAUUUGCCUCACUAAGUGUGGAAACUGUGUAGAUGGUGUCUACUGUGACAAGAAAAACGGAACUUGUCCUUCAGGAUGUGCAGCUGGAUGGAUGAAUGACACAACAUGUCGGAAUGAGUCGGAAUCAUGAUGUCGAACGAAUGUUCGUAUAUUUUGAUGCAUAAUUGUGUUCUUGUGAAGUAUUUUAUAUCGUGUUGUCACUCCAGACUAAGAGGACAUAACUUAAAUGGCUUCGUGUUUGCAUCAUGUUACAAAUAUUCGCAUUGUAGCAACUGUACCUCUGGGUGUGGUUAUUGCCUAUCAGCUUUAACAAGACAAACGGGAUAAAUCCUGGAGGAUGUGCAGCAGGAUG